UACAUCGCGCACUGCUGCAUGCAGGAUCGCUCGAUCGUCACGUCGUCGAACAUCCGCAAGCUAACCUCCUAAAACCCAACGAUUAAUUCGAGGUGACAACCUCUCUCACCUCUCGUUUGGCGUUUCCUGCUUCACUCCCUUAGAUAAACUCACCACACGUCGGUGCAACCCCAGCAAAUCACAUCGUCAAGCGAUCAGCAGCUAGUUGAACGAGAGCUAAUAGUUAGGCAAGCAGGCAUGGCCGAGAGGGAGGGAGCCGUGGUGAAGAAGGGGCACGAGGAAGGCCUGAAGAUGGCGGUGUCGCUGCUGGAGGAGUUCGGGCUGCCGAUGGGCCUUCUGCCGCUGGCGGACGUGAUCGAGGUCGGGUUCGUGCGCGCCACGGGGUACAUGUGGAUCGCCCAGCGGAAGAAGGUGGAGCACCAGUUCAAGCUGGUGAGCAAGCAGGUGAGCUACGACGUGGAGAUCACGGGCUACGUCCAGGCCAAGCGCAUCAAGAAGCUCAAGGGCGUCAAGGCCAAGGAGCUCAUGCUGUGGCCGCCCGUCAACGAGAUGGCCGUCGACGACCCGUCCACCGGCAAGAUCCACUUCAAGAGCCUCGCCGGCGUCACCAAGACCUUCCCCGUCGAGGCCUUCGCCGCGGGACAGUAGCCUCGCGCGCGGCGUUUUCUUGCUUACUUUCCAAAUAAACUGCUGCUUUGCCGCAUAAAGUUUUGUGCUUGUCGCGUGAUGUUGGC